UACGAAUCUAAUAAAUAAAUAUCAAAGAAUUAGUAUCAAUUUCUUCGUUUUUCACAGUGCAACGAAUGUGUACUUACAACCGCAAGCUGCAGAUGGGAGAAAUUAUGCCAAAGAAGAUGAGCAUAGCUACCUUCGUAUUCGCAGCCAGGACGAUACAAAGAGCUUGGAGAAGAUAUCUUGCGAAGAAGAAAAUGAAGAAACGGGCGGAUCGUGUGGAAGAACUAUUGGACAUGACGAUACCCAGCUGGAAAUCUGAAAAAGUAUUCGUUAAGGAUAAAGAAAGUUUUCAGAAGAAAUUAGAACUGAUGCCAGGGUUCGUUGAUCGAGUAACGAAAACGACAGAUGACAACCGAGCGAAACUGUGGAAGAUCAGAGGACCAGGUUUAGUCGAAGACAUCACAGAGGAGGUUCGUGAAUGGUUCAUCGUAUGGUACGACACGGUUGGACACUACGACGCCUACCCAGCUGCACGUUUAGGGGGCAGCGUUCUAAUAGCCACCGGGGAGACUUUAACACCUGAAGAGUAUCUAAUGCGGAAGGGAGAGAAGGAAACGGCUAAAGGUAAAGGUAAAGGAGCAGCUGCAGCUGCUAAAACAGCAACAGAUUCUACCAAGAAGAAGAAGAAGAUGAUAUCUUGGAUAGAUGAGACAAAAGCAUUUUCCUUCCUCGAUGAUGCCAAUCAGGAUUUUAUUAAGAACUGGAGCUUUCGUGACGAUUCAAAUGAUCCUCAGGAUAAAAUAUACGAGGACCUCAUUAAGGACAAGCUUUGCUAUGAGCUUCAGUUGGAGAUGAGGAGAAUAGUUGAUGAACUGAUGAGGCUGGAGCUGCAAAAAUUGAAUAAAGCAUUGAAAAGGGAUUACAAAGCUGAUAAGAAAAACCUGGAUAUACCUAAAGAUAAAAGUAAAUUUGAUCUCAUACAAUACACUAAUAAAGAAUUUAUCACUCAUUAAUUAAUGUAAUCCAG